AUGGACUCCGACGACUUUGACGACUUUGACGAUGACAUUGCCGACGAGGAUCUCGCGAAUGCCCUCACCCAAGCUUCUGGAAAUAAACCCACAGUCAACUUAAGCUCAGGGAGCAGGAACAAUGCGCCGAAGGCCCCGUCCAGGGCGCCGGGCGGCAACACGGAUGCGGUCAUCGAUUUGGAGGGUCUAGAUGAUUUCCCCUCUGGUGCGUUCGAGAGCUCGCCUGUACAUUCUAGGGCAGCUGUGUCCCAUCACGCCUCGUCUCGCCCAACAAAGCCGACCCAGGGUCAGAAAGCCAACACGUCCCAGACUUACCGUCAGACCAACCUCUGGGGAGACGCAGUCAGAGAAAUUGAGGCGCCCCCGUCGCAGGUCCAGUCUAGGAGAGUGUACCGAGUUGACCUGCCGCCGGAAGCCCCGACUCACCACGUUCUGGAUCAUAAUGCUCUCCAGACUUGGAUCUAUCCCACCAACUUGGGCCCAACACGGGAUUACCAAUUCAGCAUCGUCAAAAAAGGCUUGUUCAACAACACCCUUGUGGCUCUACCCACAGGUCUAGGCAAAACGUUCAUCGCGGCCACCAUCAUGCUCAAUUACUAUCGCUGGACAAAGACCGCCAAGAUAAUUUUCGUGGCACCAACCAAGCCCCUUGCUGCACAACAGGUUGAAGCUUGCAUGAAUGUGGCCGGAAUCCCUCGAUCACAAGCAACACUCUUGACCGGCGAGAUUUCACCAGCUCUACGCGAGGGCGAGUGGGACAAGAGGAGAUUGUUCUUCAUGACACCACAAACUCUGCAGAACGAUCUGUCCAAGGGAUAUGCUGAUCCGAAGGCAGUGGUGCUCCUCGUUAUUGACGAAGCGCAUCGCGCAACAGGUGACUACGCCUACGUGAAGGUCGUUGAAUUCAUUCGGAGGUUCAAUCCCAGCUUUAGAAUCCUCGCCCUGACAGCCACACCAGGCUCCACAGUCGAAGGCGUGCAGGCGGUCAUCGACAGCCUGGGAAUUUCAACUGUUGAGAUUCGGAUGGAGGAAUCGAUCGAUAUCCGCCAGUACGUUCAUUCUCGCGAAGUGGACCAGGUCGUGCUGGAGCCAUCGGAUGAAAUGCUGCAAGUGCAAGACCUCUUCUCUAAAACACUAAAACCCCUGUGCAACAAACUCGCUCAGGCCAACAAGUGGGUGGCGCGAGAUCCGAUGUCGAUGACCGUGAUGGGGCUUCGGGAAUCGGCCAGACAGUGGGGUCUCGGAGCUGGAAAGCACGCAAACCCAGGCACAAAGUUCAUGAUGAUGAGCGUAUUCACCAUUUUGCAGAGUCUGGCGCAUGCCACAAAGCUGCUGAACUUCCAUGGAAUUGCGCCAUUCUAUCACAAAAUGCUGGACUUCAGGUCGGAGACCGAAGAGAAAGGAGCAAAAGGUUCCAAGUACAAACGACAAAUCCUUGAGGAUGCCAAUUUCCAGGAGAUGAUGGAUACAAUCGACAAGUGGCAGAGGAUUGAUGGUUUCGUAGGCCACCCAAAGCUUUCAUACCUAUGCGAGAAUCUGUUAAACCAUUUCAUGGACGCAGGCCAGGAGUCCAACACCAAAGCCAUCGUUUUCAGCGAGUACAGGGACAGCGCCGAGGAAAUCGUUCGCACGCUGAACAAGCACCAGCCUAUGAUCAAAGCCUCCAUAUUCGUCGGCCAAGCAGAUUCGAAGCGAAGUGAAGGAAUGAAACAAAAACAGCAAAUAGAGACGAUCGAAAAGUUCAGAACCGGACAGUUCAAUGUCCUCGUCGCGACCUCGAUUGGAGAGGAGGGCCUGGACAUCGGUCAGGUCGACCUGAUUGUCUGCUACGAUGCUUCAGCGUCACCAAUACGUAUGCUGCAACGCAUGGGACGGACUGGCAGAAAACGUGCUGGAAACAUCACAUUGCUUUUGAUGAAAGGCAGGGAGGAAGAACAAUUCAGGAAAGCGAAGGACAACUAUGAAAAGAUGCAGAGGUUCAUCUGCGAAGGCACUCGCUUCAAUUUUCGAAACGACCUAUCUUCGAGGAUCAUCCCAAGAGACAUCAAGCCAGAAGUGGACAUGCGCUUGGUUGAAAUACCGAUCGAGAACACUCAGAACAAGACGCUGCCAGAACCGAAGAAAGCCUCCGCACCACGCAAAAAGGCGACGCAGAAAAAGUUCCACAUGCCUGACGGGGUGAUCACGGGGUUUGUGAAGGCCUCGAACUUUGGACGCAAUGCGCCUAGCACGAAGUCUCGGGCUCAACAGCCACUCGAAAUCGAUGCGCUGGCGGAGGUGCCUCGUCUUGACGCGGUACUUCUAGACCCCCUUCAAAUGGAUGAACUAGACGAUACUUACCGUAACCUGCCAUCCAAGCAUGCAUCGCAGGAGGAUAUCAUGGGACCCGAUUUGACUGGACAUCCAAAGGCACAGCGAAAACUUGGCCCGAAUGUCAGGCUUCAGCAUGGAAGACAUACGAGGCGCUGUGUGAGGCUUUUCAAGAGGCUAGCCAACUCGCAGUCGUCUCUGGACUUGUACCAUCAGCCUUACGGUGAGACUGAUCAAUCACGUUACUUGGAGCUUUCUGUUCCAGGUUUCGCAGAUGAUUCCGAUGGCGAAGAUGUGCAUUCUGAAGCAACUGGGUCUUCAUCGUACAAGAGGACCUUGUCUCCUUCAGGUUCGAGAAAGCCGUCACUUCCAAAGCGGAGAAAGUGUGGCCCCAAGGUCAAUGGUGCACCGCAGCAGCGAUCUAAGGGCACAGCGCUUGUCGACCGUGAUGCAGAGGACGACUUCGACAGCGACCCCUUCGCCGACGAUGACAUUGAAAAGGGUGGAUUUGAAGCGGUGCCAGAGAUAUCAAAAUCGAGGUUCAAGCCAAAGAGCCGUCGAACGGGCAAGCCGCAAGAAAGCAUUGACUUUGUUGAAGAUUUCGGAGAUGAUUGCACCAGGACCAGCCAACUGUAUGAAAGAGACGACUCAGAUGACGGUUCUGACUUGCUAGACUUCGUUGUUGGCGACGAUGAUCCCAUUUCGAGUGUGAGAGGCGCGUCGACGUCACCCACGGCUACAUCGCCGCUUCUCCCCUCACAGACCUCGGAGCCAAGGGGCAAAAAGACGUAUGAUGCUUUGACAACAACGCAAAGCCAGGGCAGCGAGGAGGACAUGCCGAGCAUGAGCCAGAUGGGUGGAUCGAAGACAACAAAGCCGAAGAGCAGACGAUUGCUACUAUCGGACUCUGAUGGAGAAGACGGCGAUGUUCGGAUCAGACCAGCUGCGCACAAGAGAAGGCGACGGGCCAUCCAAGACAGUGAGACAGAGAGUGAAUAG